UACAUGGACAACUGAGCUAUGUUGUUUUAUUUUCUGGGCGAAUUAAUAUUGAUCGGAAAUAUAGCAAAUGCCUAUGAAUGCCUUGAAGGAUAUUAUGGCUAUAAUUGUCAGGAUAUGUGUAGUAUUAACUGUGGCGUCCCUGGUAGAUGUAACAGAGUGACGGGAGAAUGUCAGGAUGGAUGUCAGGCAGGGUGGAAGGACCUCAAAUGUGACAAAAAAUGUGAUGUGGGCAGUUUUGGACAAAACUGUACUAAGUCAUGUGGAGUUCAAAAUUGCUUCAGAAAUGAACAAUGUCAUCACAUUAAUGGGACAUGCUCGAAUGGCUGCAAUAAGGGUUACCAAGGAGACACUUGUACACAAGUGUGCCGAAACAGACGAUAUGGAUACAACUGCAAAGAAACCUGUACCAACUGUAGCUUUGUCAGGAGAUGUGAUGCAAGAUCAGGGAAAUGUAACGUGAUAAAAGGAUCAUUAGAUUCUGAUACAAGUGAGGAGAACCUUUACUUAGUGUACGGAUUGAUAGCUUCUCUUCUCUCAAGUGUUGGCUUAAAUCUCGUUUUAAUUAUCUGGAGCUGUAGAAAGAAAACGCGCAAAGGAAAGAAUCAACAAAGGAAAAUAAAUACACCGAUACCUAGAAAAUCGAAUGCAUUGAUUAAAGUUGAAGAACGUUUAGUGCAUGUAUAUGACGAUCUGGAUGAAACAGAUAUAUCCAAAGAACCUUCCAAAUUGCAAGUAGAGAUCAACGAUGAAGAUGGAGAUAGUAUAGUAUAUGAAGACCCGGAUCAAAUAGAUAUAUCCAAAGAACUUUCAAAAUUGCAAGUAGAUAUCAAAGAUGAAGAUGGAGAUAGUGUAGUCUAUGAAGACCCGGAUCUUACAGAUAUAUCCAACGAACCUUCAAAAUUGCAAGUAGAGAUCAAAGAUGAAGAUGGAGAUAGUGUAAUAUAUGAAGAUCCGGAUCAAACAAAUUAACACUUCAUUUAUGAGAAUUAACAUUAGAUUGGUGAUGCAGUGUUAAUUUAAACAAAGAAAGAAGGGAGCAUUCAAAUCUAAAAAAAAAAAAGAAGUGUAAA